AUGGGGAAGCGCAAUUUCGCAGACUUCUCCGAAUCGCCAUACACACCACACGACCGGAGCCAAUCUUUGCAAGUAACCCGACUAUUCCAGAAAUUCGAAUAUGGCGUGAUGACGCUAUCCAAAGCGCUCAAGGUAGCGCGGGGCUUCGAGCGCCAGAAGCUCGGACGGAGGGAGAAGACGGCGCAGAAGGAAGAGGGUGAGAAGAAAGAGGGGACGUUGAGUCGGAUUGCGGAGGAGAUUCAGGUUGUUAAGACACUGGACCCCCACGCCACCGCGGAGAAAUACCUCUUCAAGCAACUCCUCAAGACGAAACGCAUCGCCGAGUCGCCGCUCUUCAUCCAAUUCAAAGACAAGAAGAAGUUAUCCGCGGAGGGACCGAAAAGUACGGCCGAAGCGAACGUCACGGCACGGUUGUAUAAGUCUACGCCAGUGAAGAAUGUGUUUCCGGGGAUUAUGGAGGGGAUACGCAAGUUAUUGGGCAUUGAGGAUAAGCCUGCGGAUGCGAAGAAGAAGAAGGAUGAAAAGAAAUCCUCCAAGGAAGAGAAGAGCAGCAGCAAGAAGAAGGCCGAUGCCGACACAGCUCGGACAAGCGCAUCUGCCUCGCCAAGCGGCGACGAAGACAUCAACAUGGACGACGCCGGCUCCGACGCAGAAAGCAUCGACUACGCACAAUUCGACGCGCGCCUGGCGCCCGAUUCCGGCGACGAGAACGAAGACGGAUCCGAAGGCGACGAAGAUCUCGAUCCGAACGAGAUCAGCGACGUAGAAGAAGAAGAGGAGGAGGAGGAGGAGGAAGAAGAAGAAUCAGACAACGAAGACCAAGAAAUCCCCUCUAACAUGUCCAUUUCCCGCUCCCCCUCCCCUUCCUCCCCACCCAGCAAAAAGCCUAAAGCAACCAGCAAAGCCUCCUCCACGCCCGCGACCAGCACGACCUUCCUCCCCUCACUCACAAUGGGCGGAUACUGGUCCGGGUCCGAAGAUGAGGCAGAAGACGGCGCGGCAGCGAACGAGCCCCCACGACGCAAGAACCGCAUGGGUCAGCAGGCACGUCGGGCGCUGUGGGAGAAGAAGUACGGAGCCGGAGCGAAUCAUGUUAAGCAGGAGAAGAAUAAGCGGAAGGGAGGGGGACGUGAUAGUGGGUGGGAUGUGAGGCGGGGUGCGACUGAUGGGAGUGAGCGGUGGGGACGCGGUGGACAGCAUGGUAAUAGAGGGAGACCGCAGCAGCAACACCAGCAGUUUGGACGGCCGCAGCGUGGUGGACCGCCAGCGAAGAAGCCCGAAGAUAACAAGCCGUUGCAUCCGUCGUGGGAGGCGGCCAGGAAGGCGAAGGAGCAGAAGGCCACUGCUGCUUUCCAGGGUAAGAAGGUUACGUUUGAUUAG